AUGUCUUCUGGACAGAGUAAUAUUUCGGCGACCGAGGAGCUAGAAAGAUCUAGGCAACAAAACACUUCUGGAAAUGCUGGAUCUCCUGUUGCUGAAUCACUGGCACUUCACCCUCGUCACCAAGUCACUGUUCUGGUGGACGGCACACCGCAAGUUACAGCUUCGCAAGGUACAUUUCGACAAGACGUAAAUUCUCAAGAGUUUGCUGAAAAUAUCGGUCCUGUUGAUAUUCUUGAAGGGGAAGGGCAUCCUGGUAAUCUCACAGAGGCAGGAAGCCAGCUGAACAACCACGCUCUCACUCUGCAGGAAGAUAUUCUGCAAGAUGAAGUUCCAGCAGACAUCACUUCUUAUAACACCCCUGGAGAUACCGAGCGUAGUGCCCCUGCCGACAACGAAGAGCUUUCGGGUGGCCUUACCGAUGACGAACGCUCAGGGACCCCUCCACAAAAUGUUGUGCCACAAGAUGCUGCUGUUGAGGAUAUAGAGUCCAUUCAUGCUGAGAUCCGGACCCGAUUCAACCAGUAUAUUCAAAUCAGGUUCCCAGAAGGUCUCAUGGAUAGUCGGCAUGUAGUGGAAGCUCUCGUAUUCUACACGCAACAGUUGAACGAACGUAAUGGCAGCGGCACCGCUCUAGCUUCGACAAUUGAGAUUCACGACGGAAUCCCGGUCCAAACGACGUCUAUAGAAACAAUGGAUUCUUUCCACGAUUUCUAUGCGAGCAUUAGACCACGUCAGUCGCACGCAAAUAUCCAAGAGAACCACAGAAACCAGGCCAUCGACGAGCUUUUGACUCCAGUACUGAUCGAUGAAACUCAAACGGAAUCGAUACUAUGCCCAAUCUGCAACGAGAAAUACGACUCAAGCACAGCAAAUGGUAUUUCUCAUGGCGCUUGCAUGGUACCAGGAUGUAAGCAUGUCUUCGGGCGGGAAUGUAUCAACAUGUGGCUUAAGGAAGAGAAAAAGAGCACUUGUCCGAUGUGCCGCGCUGAAAUCGACAUUCCCACUGACUCUUCGGAUGAUGAUGAUGAUGAUUGA